AAAAGGAACAGAAACCUGCUGCACAUAGUCGGUGCAUGCGAGCCUGUGUGUGUGUGUGUGUGCGUGCAAGCAAAACAACUGCAAGAAAUCAGCAACAGCAGUAAGAAGCAGAGAAACAGUAUCAGUGAUAAGGAGGCUAAACAACAACAACAGUAACAGCAGCAGCAGCAGCAGCAAUGAUAAUGCACCCUUUUGAAAUGCAAACAAAACAAAGCGUUGUAGUUGUGUAAUCAUUCACAACAGACACACACGCACACACACUUGUUUGGCAUUCGUCGUUAUUAAUUAAAUCAGCCGCCAACAGCUGAGCGAGAGAGCAAUAGAGAGCAACAGAGAGGGAGAGCGACAGGAGAGGAUCCCACUUUCAAUCGAAUCCGAAUCCGGGAAUCGAAAAUCGGAGCAGCGCAGUCGGCAGCGCAGUUAGCAGAGGCUUGAUUCCAACCUGCCGUUUCGGCAGCCGGCAAGAUUUCACUAGAUCUAAUGGCCAAGGACGAGGAGGAUGACCUGCUGCCCGACAAGGAUGCGGCCAAGGGCUUCUAUGCCAAAUAUGAGCCCAAGGAGAUUCUGGGCAGGGGCAUCAGUUCGACCGUGAGGCGAUGCAUCGAAAAGGAGACGGGCAAGGAGUUCGCCGCCAAGAUAAUCGACUUGGGUGCCACCACAGAGGCGGGCGAGACGAAUCCAUAUCACAUGCUGGAGGCAACCAGACAAGAAAUCUCAAUACUGCGCCAGGUUAUGGGACAUCCCUACAUAAUUGAUCUGCAGGAUGUGUUUGAGUCAGAUGCAUUUGUUUUCCUCGUGUUCGAGCUGUGCCCCAAAGGCGAGCUCUUCGACUAUCUGACCUCUGUGGUGACGCUCUCCGAGAAGAAGACGCGCACCAUUAUGCGACAGAUCUUCGAGGGCGUCGAGUACAUACACGCCAAGAACAUUGUCCAUCGGGAUCUGAAGCCCGAGAACAUUUUGCUGGACGAGAACCACAACGUAAAGAUCACGGACUUUGGCUUCGCCAGGCAGCUGCAAGAGGGCGAGAAACUUACAGAUCUGUGCGGAACGCCGGGAUAUUUGGCGCCCGAAACGCUCAAGUGCAACAUGUUCGAAGGAUCCCCCGGCUACUCGCAGGAAGUGGACAUAUGGGCCUGUGGCGUGAUUAUGUUCACGCUGCUCGUCGGUUGUCCACCUUUCUGGCACCGCAAGCAGAUGGUCAUGCUGCGGAAUAUCAUGGAGGGCAAGUACAGCUUCACCUCGCCGGAGUGGGCUGAUAUUUCAGAGGAUCCCAAGGAUCUGAUACGCAAAUGUCUAGUCGUUGAUCCUGCGCAACGUAUCACCGUCAAGGAAGUAUUAAGACAUCCAUUCUUCAACCAAAUGGUGUUAAUGGGUGACCGCCGACACACGGCCCCGCCCAUCGCGGCCGCCCACUCGAGCAGCAGGUACCUGUUCAAUAACGAGGCGUCAUCGUACCGCUUUGGGCAGCUAAACAGUUGCAGUGGCGGUGGCAGUGGCAGUGGCGCCCCCAAUUAUCUGUACUGUGCGCCACAGAGCUCCUACUCGUCGAAUCGAAUGCGCGAUGGGCCGCUGGACGAUGCAGCUGCCAGUGCAUCCGCCACCUGCCAUGCCCAUGCCAUGUCAUCCAACGCAUCCACCUCCACCUACGCCACCAAUGCCAACAGCAACGCCAACGCCGCCACAAACUUGGCAAUGGCAUCUAGCUCCUUGGCAUCCGCCUCCUCACACAAAACGCUCACGGCGACGGUCUACUAUCAGCAGCAGCCGCAACAGCAUCAGACGCAGCAGCAGCAGCAGCAGUAUCAGCAGCAGCAACAGACGACGCAACUGCCGGUGCCGAUGCCGAUGCCGGUGCAGUUGCAGUUGCAACAUCCACAAUUGCAGCCCGGUGGCGAUGGCAAGCAAUCGGUGUAUGCACCUCCUACAGUGCAGCUGCGCAAACAGAGUCGCUUCAACGCGCGCAAAAAGUUCCAAUUCGCCAUACUCGUGAUACGGGCCGUCAUCCGGAUACGGCGCCUGCGCUUCACCGCCGAGCCGCUUCACGUUGAGGAGGCCAUCCGGGAUCCGUAUCGCGUCAAGGUUCUGCGCAAGGUCAUCGAUGGCUGUGCCUUCCGUGUCUACGGACAUUGGGUUAAGAAGGGCGAGGGCCAGAACCGGGCCGCCCUCUUCGAGAAUACUCCGCGCACCGAGCUGCACGCGCUCUACAUCAACAAUCUCAGCCGAUAGGAGGCGGUCGGGCGGCGGGGCGUGGUCGCUGAGCUACAUAAGCACACACAAAAAAAACACACACA